CGUUAGGCAUUACUCAUGCGCCAUUUGCAAAACAUAAACAAACAGGGAUCUUGAUGACUAAACAUCACAGGGUUUGAUAGAAAAUUACAACAUUUCAUAUCGGAUAGAUCGAAACAUCUGAUACUGAAACAUGGGUUGUAUUGUAGGCUCGCUUGCCUGCUGCUGUGGAAGUGCGGCCUGUAGCCUGUGCUGUGCCGCCUGCCCAUCAUGCAAGAACUCGACUGCGACUCGGGUUGGUUACUCCAUUGUGCUCAUCAUUGGAACAAUUGUAGCCAGUAUCUUCCUGGCUCCUGGCCUACGAGGUGCACUGGAUAAGGUUCCUGGAUUGUGUAAAGACUAUUUCACUUUUGACAUUUUUACGCCGGAACACGCUGACGACAAGGUUUCCAUGUGCGAUGACAUGGUCGGAUACCUAUCUGUGUACAGAAUCUGCUUUUCUAUGGCUGCCUUCUUCUUCCUCUUCGCCAUAAUCAUGAUCAAAGUCAAAUCCUCCAAAGAUCCGAGAUCUGGUAUCCAGAAUGGUUACUGGUCCAUAAAGAUACUGAUUCUUGUAGCUAUUUGUGUCGGAGCAUUCUUCAUCCCAAGAGGAGAGUUUGGACAAGUAUGGAUGGUCAUCGGUAUGAUCGGAGCCUUCCUCUUCAUCCUGAUACAACUUAUCCUCAUCAUUGAUUUUGCGCACGGCUGGGCCGAGAGCUGGGUGGAGAAACAUGAGGAAACUGAUUCCAAAUGCUACUACUUUGGACUGCUGUUUUUUACCGUUAUUUUCUACAUUUUUGCUCUUGCGGCCAUCAUCCUUUUCUACGUGUACUAUGCCAAGGGAGACUGCACUCUGCACAAGUUCUUUGUGAGCUUCAACCUGAUUCUGUGUGCGGGUGUGUCUGUAUUGGCCGUCUUACCCAUGGUCCAGGAAGUGAGUCCUAGGUCAGGCCUGUUACAGUCAGCGGUCAUCACACUGUAUAUCCAGUACCUCACCUGGUCAGCCAUGUCCAACAACCCAGAUCGUUCAUGUAAUCCAAGCCUGCCAGAAAUCUUCAGCGGCAACACUACAGGUUCCCCAUCCUCAGGCACUCAAGAUGGAUCCAUUGUUUUUGGACAGUUUGACUACCAAAGUCUGUUGGCUCUCCUUCUGUGGCUCUUUGCUGUCCUCUACUCCAGCAUCAGGACCUCCACCCACAGCCAGGUCGGCAAACUGACCAUGUCAGAGAAAACCAUCCUACAGUCGGACACAGGGGAAAGUCUUCUGUCCGAUUAUCAAGCUUCCUCAGAAUCUGACAAGGAUGAGGAAAAGGGUGGGCAGAAUGUCUGGGACAAUGAGGAAGAGGCUGUAGCCUAUAGCUACAGCUUCUUCCACUUCAUGCUGUGUCUGGGCGCUUUGUAUGUCAUGAUGACCCUCACCAACUGGUACAGCCCAAGUUCUGACUUCAACACACUUAACUAUAAUAUGCCGGCACUGUGGGUGAAGAUUGCCUCCACAUGGGUUUGCAUAGCCCUGUAUGUCUGGACCCUGAUUGCACCCCUCAUCCUCCGCAACCGCGAGUUCAGCUAGGGGACACAACUCUCUUUGUGAAUCAGAGUUAACCAAGGCAGUCUUCUGAUUGUGAAUUGAAGGACUUUAAAAGUUAAGACUACCAAAGGGGGAUAACUCUAAAUGAAUCGAACUUGACAUGGUUGGAGACAUGACCAACUUUGCGAGCAGUAAUUAACGCUCCUGAGUUGUGAUGAUUUUCAGACUGAUGUGAUAUAUCUGAUAGUGUGUGGAGACACAGGAACAUUUCUUUGUCUAAUUUUAGUUUUUAUUGUCCUGUGUUAUCAAGUUUCAUUGGCUUUGUUGGGUGUCAAAGUAAGAUUUGAAUAUAUUUGCUCCAAGGACAAAAUUAACAGCAACAUUAAUAUUUUACAUGGAUUUUUUUUAUUUCUUAAAUGUGAUUUUUCAACCUAAAUUUAAUACAACAGCCUGUUCUUCCAUGAAUUGGGAAAUGUAGCAUUAUUUUUAUCGAAAUUGGAAAUUAAAGAUAUUCCCGAUUUAUUUCUACAUUUUUGGAAAAUAAAGCACUUUUUAGCCUGGGGAAGCAGGCUGUAAAAGUAGGCAAAACAAUCACUGCUUAAUGUAGGACUCCUGCAGACAAUUUGUUUGAAACUCAGACUGAAGGAAAAUGCCUAUGUUACACAUUUUUCCUGUAAUUCAUGCUUGAGUUGGCUCUGAUAGCAGCAGCGUCCUAGCAUUUAGACUUUGCCUGAACAUUAUCAAUUUCUAAGAAUUUUUUGUAUAACUUUCCAAUACGUGGUCAGUUUAUUCAAAAUGUCAAUUUUACCAUCCACUCCAGAUAUGCCAUACUUUUCUUUUAGUGCUGAACUCUUUUUUGACCAGAGAUGCAUAUAGUAUGGUAGAUACAUAUAGUAUGGUAGAGUUCAUCCUUGAGACUUGUCGUGCCAAUGAAACUUGUUUACCUGUCGACCUAGAGCUUGUUACACACUGUCAUUAUUUGUUUUCUUAAGUUUUGUGAUGUUUUCAAAGAAAAUUAGCUUAAUGAAGAAAACAUUUGACUAAUGUCCUAUUUAUCAAAGAUAUUUAGUAGUUUUACUAUAAACCUGUAGAAUUGCUUUUGAGAAAUAUGUCUACAAUGUACAAGGCAUGAUGUAAUUAUGUUUCAAACUGGAAAAUGUUGCCUUGUAUUUUCAAAUAUUUGUUGUUGCUUAUCAAGAUUUUGAUAGAUUGCAGUUUUGCUUUCAUAUAAAGAACCCACAAACAUUAUUCAAAGUUAAUUUUUAAAUUUUUAAAAUUCAUCAUGCGUGAUGUUUCAUGUAAAGAACUUAGCGCAGAUCUAUUUAUAUAUAUGUCACAUGGUUUUUUCAAAAGUAAGGCAGUGAAGAUAACAAUAAUAGCACGCCGUCCAUCAGCCAUGUCGGACUCCACUUAAAAAGAUGCGGUACAUUUCUUGACUAAAAACUGUAAAGCUUAUAAGUUUGCUUCUUAUUCUGUUGUGUUGAUGCUGUAUGUUGAUUGUCAAUAUAUAUUUAUUAUCGAUGAAAUAUACAGUUAAACCUCGUUAUGCUGCCAUCAUUUGCUCAGUACAACGUUGGCGGCGUUAUAAAGUGAUUUGGGGAAAAACAUAUUUCAGAGGAAAUGGAAAGGAAAGGUAAACAUUUUAGCAUGUACAGUGAUAAGUGAGCAGGAAAAUUAAAUUAGGGGAAUACGUUUGCGAAACACCGAGAUUGAAAGUGAAAUAAUUGGCAUUAUAUCGAGGUUAUGCUUUAUCUUCUAUUGUCAGUAAGUUUUGUGCUUAUUAUUAUCAAUGUGAUAUAUGUUGAAUAAGAUAUAUGUUUAUUAAAAAAUGGUGACACAGAUUUUCAUUCUUAAUUUACUCCUUAGGAAUGCUCUGUACUUGGAAACACUCACUGUUUGUUUAAAAAAAAAAACUAUCUGGACACUUACAUAGAGAAAAUUGAGGGAAAACAUUUUCUCUACAUUGAAAAUUCUGCAUGCGACUUCUUCUUAGUGUAAAUCUUUUCUUCAUUUUUGUUGAUUCUUUUUCAUGACUUGAACAUUUCUUGAUUUCAUUUGCAACAUCCAGGAAGCUUGUUUAUGGAAAGUGGAUGAGAUUAUUGUAUGAUGGCUUCUCUCAUUUCCUGUAUGUUUUCGUCAUUCAUCACUUAUAUUAUAUGAUAUGAUGUUAAUAGUAAGUAUUUUUGGGAUGGUAAUGUUUCCCACCAAAUCAACUGUAAGUUGUUGUCAUUCCUUUUUGUAUCUAUAUCUUCAAAAAUUAUUGUGUAUAAGUUUGAUUCUUUAUUUCCUAAAAGUACAUUAAAGUUUGUGAAAUGGACAUUCUUUAAGUUCACCCCUGAAAUUUCAUGAUGAACUAUUCCAACCUUUGAAUUGGAAGAAUGAAAUUGUAUCUUCAGGGGUGAGUAAGUUAAUGCAUUAAGUGAGAAAAUUAAGACAUGAAUUAGAUUAUAAAAAAUAAAAGUCUUCUUCACCGGUAUUCCGUUUAUCAGGAAAUGUUCGCCGCAGUGUAACUUUCGCCUGUUUAGCCGGCCGCAAUAUUAUGAGAUUAAAUUUAUUAUGAAAGCAAAUAUUAGUACAAAGCAUAUAUACUAUAAGGUAUUGCAUGGAAAGGGCAAAAUUGACAUGGGUGAAUACGGUUAUUUCUGGUGUAGGGUGAAAAUUAAGAUUUAAUUUAACCCUUUUCACCACUGUAGACCAUAAUGGACCCCUCCAUAUUGAUGCAUGGUAGAGUCUACUAAAGUUACAUAGGGGUGAAAUGGUUCAAAUGUGAUUUAAUCUUGAAUCCUGAUCUGUUAAAAUGAUUAAUUGUCUUUCAUUAUUGUUUUCAGUAAUAUGUAUAACGUCUUUGAUAAAUUGAUCAAACACAGCAACAAUAUAAGUUUUUCUAUUUUAUAGUUAGAUAACGGACCAUAGAACUUAGAAAAAUAUUUUUACCAAAGAUAGGAUUUCCUUGAGUGGGUAAAAGAGUAUCAGAAAUGAUUGAAAACAAAUCUUAUCAUAAGGUAUUUAAUUAUUGUAACAUAUUGUUUUUAAAUCUUAUAUUUAUAUAUAUUAUACCACAAAAUUUUAACUUUGAAUAAAAUGCAAAUAUCUCACCAAAGAUAUUAUUUCUUCAUUUGAAAAAAAUCACAUCAGAAUUCGGAAAAAAACACCUUAUUAGAGAUAAUUUGUAAUAGUUACAUAUUGUUUUGUGCAUCCCAGUGAUAUCAUGUCAUUUGUAAACACAUAGAUAUAGUAUGGUAAUUAGUCGUCCGGUAAUUUGUUGUCCUAUAAAAGAAUACAUUUUUGCACUUAUUUUUUGCACUUAUUUUUUUCUUUUCAUUCAGGCCUAGGUCAAAUACAUAUAUGGAGGUACCGACUAAUUGAUGCACAAUAAAGUUUACAAUGUAGAAGCAUUGCCGGGGCUGAAAUUAACUCUCUGUCCCCAGGUAGAGUUUAAAAAAUUCAUGAUAUGAUUUCAAUUCUUACAGUAUCUAAUAUUAGGUUUCGUUCAACUACUCGUACAUGGUGAAGAGGAUAGCUUCUCUUAUAGUUUAUAUUCUGAAUUUAUGCCCUCAAAACAGGCAGUAAAAAUAAUUUCUAUCAGUGGACAAAAUUUAGUUUGAUGUUGAUAUGUAUAUGCAGUAUUUAACACUUGAUAAAUGUCUGAAUAUCAUUUCAUUGAUGUUAACGUUGUUUUGCAUAGACAUAGAAAAUUUCGAAAUUUUGUAAAAGAUGCUGCUGUUUUUUCAAAAUCAAAAGGUACUGGUCUCUGUGUUAAAAAAACCAAUAGAAAAAUCAUCACAUGUAUUUGUUUCACAACUUUUAAACAGUGUAAUAAACACAACUAUGGUGAU